AUGUCACGCUGGGCAUGGCAUAAUGACACUGAACCAGCUGGAGAUCCAGUAGACGCAUAUACCGGCAUACAGAAACAGACGCAUGGUAGAAACGUUUCUUAUGAUCUGCCUGACCCAAAUCUUCCUGAUGUUUUUCAAUGGCUCAUUGGAAAUCCAAACCGUAUUAAUCUUGGACGCCUUGGACUGCGAUUCAACGACGAUACACUGUCAUCGAGCGGAAUAUCUAAUAGCCACCAGGAGCUAGACCUUUGGCAUGGAGCCAUCACAUCAAUUUUCACGAUCGAUGGCGUCAAGGUCAAGGUUGUCACGCAAGGAGACUUUGACUCCGAUGCAGUUGUUUUCACCAUUGACUCACAAUUGAUCGAGUCGGGAAAUCUCAAGGUCGAGCUCGACUUUCCAUACCCUCCAAUCCAUACAGUAAAUUACAAGAACGAAGUCUUUGUUGGUGUCUAUGAUUUCCCAACGAAUCAUUCUACAAAGCUUUCAGCGAACCUCGAAAGUAAUACAGCGCACAUCUAUCAUGACAUGGGUGGUAAGUACUACGUGAACCUUUGUUGGCCCAAAAAGGCUUCACUGGAAUUGAAGCGCCUCGGCCUGCAGGGCUCUGCUAAACCUACAGCACAUCAAUAUGUCCUUUCAUCGAGGCACGGAAAGACCAUUUCUUUCGUGGCGCACUUCUCUCCGGACAAGAGAGUACCAGACCUGCCAUCUACUAUUGAUAGACGUAGCAAAGCUGUAUGGCGAGAUUACUGGAGUCAAGGGGGUUUUGUGGAUUUGACCGAGUCCACGAACCCCAACGCUACUGAGCUUCAACGUCGAAUCAUCACCUCCCAGUACCAUGUCAGAGUUAACAGUGCUGCUGAUGGGGAGCCUCCUCAGGAGAGCGGCUUGAUGAAUAACGGUUGGUAUGGCAAGUUCCACAUGGAGAUGGUUGUAUGGCACAGCGCUCACUGGAUCUCAUGGGGCCGAGAUCGAUACUUUCACAACAUCUUCCCUGCGAUGUAUGAGAAGCUUCUGCCUACGUCACUCACCAGAGCGAAGAAGAUGGGAUGGGAGGGAGCGCGUUGGCCAAAGAUGACCGAAACCUUCACCGGUCGAAGUUCGCCUGGUGGGAUCAACGCAUAUCUGAUGUGGCAGCAGCCGCACCCAAUGUACAUGGCCAUGCUUGCUCUCAAGAGUAAGCCGACGCAGAAGACGUUGAAGCGCUGGGAUCCGAUCUUGGAGGCGACUGCGGAUUAUAUGGCAUCCUAUGCAUGGUUCAACCGGUCGUCUGACAGAUAUGAUCUGGGUCCGCCUGCGGUCGGUGUGACCGAGAAUACGCCCCCGGAGAACACGCUCGAUCUUGCUUACGAAGUUGCAUACUGGAGAUACAGCCUUGACGUCGCCUGCAAGUGGAAGCAGAAACUCGGCUUACCUGUACCUGAGCACUGGGUGACCGUUGCAAAGAACCUUGCGAAGCCUCCACAGGGUCUCAACUCGAGCUGGUGGGAUGAUCCGGCACUCAACCGAGACCCGAGAAGUUUGAUCAUGCUUCAAGGUAUUCUACCCGACACGCUUGCAGUGGACAAGGAGGUCGCUCGAAGAACAGCGGAUAAGGUCUGGGACGUCUGGACUGACCAAAACAUCCGAGGAUGGGGGCGGCCUUUACUGGCAAUCAACUCGGCUCGCAUUGGGAAUCCUGAGCGCGCGAUAUAUCACUUGACAGCAUACGAUUAUUGGAGGUUUGAUGACGCAGGAUUUGCUAUUCGUGGUGGUGACGGAAACACGCCACCCCCAUUCAUGCCUAGCAAUGCUGGGUUCCUCUUAGCCGUGGCCUAUAUGGCUAAAGGAUGGGAUGGAUCCAAGGGCGAUGCGCCUGGGUUUCCUAAAGAUGACGGGUGGGUAGUAAAGUAUGAGGGGCUUCGCAAGGCGCUGUGA